UAAAGGAUAGAUUUACUGUCCUGCUGAGUUAAACAAGGGAGAUGCUGGUCUUCCCCUUUGCUUUGGAGAUUCAAACAAAUGACAGAUUAUUUCAGCUAACCUUUGAGGGGUAGAAGACGAUAAGCUCCUCCAGCAUUCAUAAAAACAGGCCAGUAGAGGAGAAAAAGAUCCCGCUACUACCCAGACAAUGCGUUAGCCUUGUUAAACACCAGAGAAGCCGCGCUGAAGACCCUCAAAAUGUCUCUGGAGAUGCAGCAGCAGAGCUUUUGAGGUGUCUCAUGAUGGAGACGGGUUUGCCUUGACCCAGAUUCCUGUCGUGCAGUUCACCUUAGCAAUAAAUGGGAACCUCUGGUUUGACCAGAUGAGUUGAAGAUAGCCUGUUGAGAUGUUAGCCUCAGACCCUGCUUGCAGAAAUUUUUGGACUAUUGAGAGCACGGUAGACCCUGGACCUGAUGAAGGAGAAGUACUGGAGCUGAGCUGGUCCCUGACUGAUAAAGAAAAGAAGAUAAUCUUGGAUGAGCAUAAUAAAUACCGCUCCCAGGUCUCUCCUCCUGCUAUGGAUAUGCUGAAGAUGAGCUGGGACACAGAGCUGGAGGCCUUUGCUCAAGCCUACGCAGAGAAGUGCAUCUGGGACCACAACAAGGAGAGGGGCCGACGGGGGGAAAACCUCUUCGCUAUGGCCCCAACUCUGGACCUAGAAUUCGCCGUGGAAGACUGGAAUGGGGAGGAGAAAUACUACAACUUGACAGCUUCCACGUGUGUGCCUGGCCAGAUGUGUGGCCAUUACACCCAGGUGGUCUGGGCAAGCACGCAUCAGAUCGGUUGUGGGGCAAAGUUUUGCGAGAAGAUUGAAGGAAUCGAAACAGAGGACAUGUACCUGCUUGUUUGCAACUAUUACCCACCGGGUAAUAUGAAAGGCCGAAAGCCAUACAGGGAAGGACCCUCAUGUUCGCAGUGUCCCGAGGGCAGAGUCUGUGUCAACUCCUUGUGUGAACCCACUGUAGAAGAGACCACUCCAGCCCCUGUGACAGCAAAGGCAAGCCCAUCCACCCCAACCACAACCAUGCCAAAACCCACAACCACAGCCAAACCAGAACCCACAACACCAGUGCCCACCAAAACUACAGCCAAACCAGAACCCACAACACCAGCGCCCACCAAAACUACAGCCAAACCAGAACCCACACCACCAGUGCCUACCACAGCCAAGCCAAGACCCACAACCACACUUCCAACCACAACCACAGCCAAGCCACCACCCACAACCACGCUCCCAACCACAACCACAGCCAAACCACCCACAACCACUCUCCCGACCACAACCACAGCCAAGCCACCACCUACAGCCGUGCUCCCAACCACAGCCAAGCCAAAACCUGCAACACUAGCACCCAUCACAAUGACAGCCAAGCCAAAACCUGCCACCACACUUCCAAUGAAAACCCCAGCCAAGCUAAAACCCGCAACACCAGCAGCUACCACAGCCAUGGCCAAGCCAACCUACCAUGCCAGCACCCAGCACUAGUACUGCCAGGCCAAAGCCCACCAUGCUAAAAACCACGACACCAAAACCCACCACAACCACCACUACUGCCAAGCCAACACCCACCACAACCACUACUACAGCCAAGCCACCA